AUGUCAUCCAUGCGAAAUGCCGUCCAGCGGCGGCCGCACCGCGAGCGUGCGCAACCCCUCGAGCGCAGGCGUCUCGGACUCCUCGAAAAGCACAAGGACUACUCCCUCCGAGCCCAAGACUACAAUAAAAAGAAGGUUCAGCUCAAGGCGCUGAGGAACAAGGCGGCGGAUCGCAACGAGGAUGAGUUCUACUUCGGCAUGAUGUCCCGCAAGGGACCCGGGUCGCGCAUCCAGGACGGCAAGAGGUGGUCCGGCACCGUCCAGGGUGAUCGUGGCAACAAGGUCCUAGAUAUGGACACGGCACGCCUUCUGAAGACGCAGGACUUGGGGUACGUCCGUACAAUGAAGCAGGUCUUGUCGAAGCAGGUCAAGAAAUUGGAGGAGCAGGUCGUCCUAACUCGGGGCUUGGAUCGGUUGGACGAGGGCGAGGGCGGUGAUGACGAUGCCGACGACGACGACGACGAUGACGACGGCAUGCCCGUGCGAGUCAAACCCAAGGCGCCGAGAAAGAUCGUUUUUGUCGAUGACGAGGAGGAGCGCGAGGACGCCAUGGAGCUAGCACUCGAGCAGGAAGAAAACGACGACCACAAAAAUGCAGAGGCUGAAGAUGACGACGACGAGACUUUCGAACGCGAAAGAUCACAUCGGCGACUGAAGAGGCAGCUCGAAAAUUCGCGACAGAAGCUCAAGACGCUCGCAGAGGCCGAGAUCCAGCUGCAAGUUCAACAGGCAAAAAUGGCCAAGACGGCCACCUCGGGCGGCACAACGAGAAGAGGCAAGAAGAUCAAAGUCCGGACGCGAAAGCGGUGA